AUGAAACUUGAAGUUUUUUCUGCGCUCCACUUCGCUCAGAAGCCACUGGAGUUGUGCGUGGACGUAGACGCGGGGAUCUCCUCUCCCCUGUCAGGAGAUGAGCUGGGGUCGGACGGGGACUGCGUGGCCAACAGUCCGCCACCCGUGACCCCGGGCGGCGACCUAAGUAAGGGGAAGCCUUACACCCGCAGACCGAAGCCUCCUUACUCCUACAUCGCCCUCAUCGCCAUGGCCAUCCGGGAGUCCGGCAGCGGCCGUCUCACCCUGGCGGAGAUCAACGACUACCUGAUGAAAAAGUUCCCCUUCUUCCGCGGCACUUACACCGGCUGGAGAAACUCGGUGCGCCACAACCUGUCGCUCAACGACUGCUUCCUCAAAGUGCUGCGGGACCCAUCUAGACCUUGGGGCAAGGACAACUACUGGAUGCUCAACCCCCACAGUGAGUACACCUUCGCCGAUGGAGUCUUCCGCCGCAGGAGGAAGCGCAUCACCAAGAAGUCCCCGAAGGACCAGGAGGUCCCGGACGUCACAGGAGAGGACACCCAUCUCCCUGCUCCAGAGGAGAGGGUGGGGGUCAAGUUCUCCAGUUCUUUCGCCAUCGACAGCAUCCUCGGCAAGCCCUUCAAACGCAGGGAUGACGACUACCUGCACGUACAAGCACACGGGCUGUUCUGGCCUUACACUAUGAACUAUCCAGUACAUCAUCCCAUGAGCUACCUGCCCGAACCUGAAGGGGAUGCACUCACGUACCUCCAUCACAAAGCCCCGGCAACGACGGCCCCCCACGCUCUCAUGACGCCCCCCAAAGUGGGAAGCUUUCAUAUAGACUCCCUGCUCUCAUAA